AUGACUGGAAGUCUACUUGGAAAUUGUGACCCAAUCGCCCAAACCAGUCCAGCGCAACUAGAAGACCCCCCUGUAAAGAAUGUUAAGAAAUGGGUUCCUUUACUGGGUGUCAGAUUGCUGCUGCUGGCAUUUGGCAGGAUAUUCCAAAUCUGGAGGAACAACCUGAGCCAGGCUGUGGCUCCAGUGUGGACCCUCUCCCUGCUCUCACACCACCACCACCACCUCUUCCUCCUACAUCCAACACUUUCCUGCAACCCUACAUCCCUAAAAAAAAGAGUGGCUUCCAAUACUCAACAGGAGAAGCAGGACAUACUGGUGGCUGUGACGCUCAGGGAUUUACAGGCUGUUAAACUGAGAAAGGUUAUUGUCAGCAGUGUGAAAUCAAAGAGAACUCCAGAGAAGAUGCAUGCCCCUCUGGUCACUGUGGCAGACCUCCAGAAUGUCCGUCUGAAACAAUCCCACUGCCAACUGCCCCCUAAACUUCUCAAACUCCUUAGCUUUGGCAGGAGUCCUGAUGGCACUCCUUUGUUUGAUAAGGAGAAUAUGGAGACGGGCACUGGCCUCACCCCCAUCAUGACUCAGGCCCUGCGACGCAAGUUCCAGAGUACCUUACCACGAGGACUGUCUCCAAAGGCAAAGAAUCUCAACGAAAGCUUUGAUCAAAACUGAGACAUUUGUUGAUGUAUACACAGAUGUCAACCGAGACUAGUUCAAAUGUAACGGAAAGGCAACUGCCACGAUGAAAAGUUCCAGUGUUGUAAUGAGGACGGAACGCAAGCUAUAGAUGUAACUAUUGGCACAAUGCACAUUCUCUAGCACUUUCUGGUUUCCAAUGCUGAAUGGGUUAUUUCAUACUUUUUCCAUUGCUGAAUGAGUUACUAAGUGCUAGGUAGAUUGAGGAUGAAAAGAGGAAACACUUGUCUUGGACCACAAUUUUAAAAAGGACAUAAAAGUUCUAAAGGCAAGCAGUUUGUGUAAAAGCCUUGACCACCCCACUGUAUCAAACAAGUUUCUGUAAAAGCCUUGACCAUCCCACUGUAUCAAACAGGUUUCUGUAAAAGCCUUGCCCAUCCCACUGUAUCAAACAGGUUUCUGUAAAAGCCUUGCCCAUCCCACUGUAUCAAACAGGUUUCUGUAAAAGCCUUGACCACCCCACUGUAUCAAACAGGUUUCUGUAAAAGCCUUGACCACCCCACUGUAUCAAACAGGUUUCUGUAAAAGCCUUGACCAUCCCACUGUAUCAAACAGGUUUCUGUAAAAGCCUUGCCCAUCCCACUGUAUCAAACAAGUUUCUGUAAAAGCCUUGACCAUC